AUGACAUGGAAGAGGGAAAUCACAACAUUUCCUGCCAUGACAGAAAAAUUUGACCUCCCAAUGGCAGAUUACAACCAGCCCAAGCUUCUUUAUUGCAGCAAUGGUGGUCAGUUCCUGAGGAUCCUUCCAGAUGGCAAAGUGGAUGGCACCAGGGACAGGAAUGACAACCACAGAUGUAUUCUCAGCUCGGAUUCAUUUUCCUGAGGGAGUAGAAUCUACUGAAAAGCCUCUUCUGUGCCAUAACAGCCUGGAAAGAGGAAA